UUUGUUAUUGCUAUUAAUCUGUGGGCCUUUACCGGGACUGAUCAAAAAAUAAAAUAUUUUCAUUGUUUAGCUCAAAUUUGAUCGAGAAUCGAUUUAGAUUAAUGAAUAUGACGUCUCGGGCUUUAUAUAAGCUAUUUACAAAAAACAACUCGAUGAAUGCCACAAGAUUUUUCCCAAAAAGGAAUUACUCAGACUUGGACAAACUACAGGCGCCCCAUAAAGUGGACAACUUGGAAAAAAGGUUCCUGGUAUGGACCGGAAAAUAUAAAACGAUCGCUGAAGUGCCCAAUUUUGUGGGUCAAAACGUAAUGGAAAGAGCCAGGAAUCGUAUGCGAAUCAGAAUUGCAAACUACAUGAUGCUGGCCACCGCUCUCGGUUGCUGUCUCAUGGUGUAUUUGGGCAAAAGUGACAAAGCCAAAGGGGACAGCAUAGUAAAGAGGAAUCUAGAGUGGCACAGACAAAUCAAUGAAGAAGCUAAACGAGCCGAACAACAGCAAAAAACUCAAUAAACCAAAAAAAAAUGGAAUAGUUAAAAUAUGUAACCACUAAAAUACUGUAUAUUGUAUUAUAUUCAUUAGUUAGGCUUUAAAAUUC